AGCACGGGGAGGAUCAUCAUCUCCCACUGGUUGACAACAUGAGGAGAUAUUUGGAUAUAAGACGGAUUCCUUUGCCGUGGUCGAGGAGGGACAAUACGCAGAAUGAGUCCAGUCCCCUCAUACCAAAGGCAGACUCAGCCAAAGAGGAUGCUCAGGAGCUCGGCUAUGUCACCGAUGAAUUGAAGGGGGCAGGGACAAAGAAUGGACAGGACCACGACAGCCCUGCAUUCUCAAGGAUCCAAACCUACUACAGAUAUUCAUUGAUGGACUAUUUCCUAAAAUAUUUCCUGUUCCUGUGUAACCUGGUGUUUACGGUUCUGGGCCUUGUGGUUCUUGGUCUGGGGAUGUGGGGCCUCAUCACCAAAGAGUCAUUUGCCCAGGAGAAGAUCGGCAGCAUCGGCACCGACCCCAUGCUGAUACUUGUGACUCUGGGCUUCGUGCUGACUGUGCUCUGCCUGUCAGGCUGUGUGGGCGCCCUGAGAGAGAACUGCUGCUUACUGAAGCUGUUCUCCGUCGCCGUGCUGGUGCUUAUCUCAGCCCAGGUGCUGGCGGCCAUUAUUGCCUACAGUCUCCAAGAUCAGAUCGGGAGCUACCUGCGGUCAGGAAUGUUAACUGCCAUGGCGCGCUAUCAGGAUGACCUGGACCUGAGGUUCAUCACAGAUGAGAUUCAGUCAAAUCUGCAGUGCUGUGGGGCAGAUAACUACCGUGACUGGGAAGUCAACAUAUAUUAUAACUGCUCAGCCCCAGGAGUGCUGGCCUGCGGUGUUCCUGCAACCUGCUGUGUGGACCCUCUGCAGAACGGCACAGUGUGGAACUCGCAGUGUGGCUUGGGAGCCCAGCUGCUCGAUGAGUUCACCGCUCAAAGUGUGAUCUUCCUGGGCGGAUGUCUGGGGGGGAUUUCCCGCUGGAUCGAGCAGCACAACGGCCUGAUAGGGACGGUUGGCGUCGUCGUACUCGGGGUCCAAAUUCUGACUCUGUUUGUGACUACGCGACUGCUGGAAAUCUUCCAGAGGCAUAAAGUGUAUAUGUGAUCUAUCAUAGACAUCGCAUGAGUGCUGACUGCUUUUUUUGCAUUCUGGUUUUGUUUGUUUGACACAACCACAAGCAUUUUCUUUCAGCUUGCUUGUCAAGAAAGUUUACUGAACCUGUGCAGCUCCAGAGGAAAAGACAAAACAAUUAGACAUUUAGCUAACUAAAAAUGUCGAGGUGCAAAAUGCAGAAUGCAUUAUUCACCCAGCGAAUAUACAAAUUCCAUCAAAACAAGCUAAGACACAAAAUCACACUUGGCUGCAGCCUUCAGUGACCCUCAAAGAACAAGCAGCACAGAUAAUAAAUGGGUGGAUGAGACCCAAUCUAACAUUUACCACUGAAUCCAUAGUAUGUGCCUUACACCUUCAUUGUGCUUGAAAACCGUCUCUUCUCUUGGACAAGUUGUGUUCCUUCCCCCGACAUCAAACCAGGACACGAACCGGUCACAAUCUCACUAAGGUUGACUUGAACAUAACAGAAGCUUAUUUAUAGCCUUAUGACCUGUUGAAGAAAAUGAAAAUAAUUCUCAAAGAUAUUAUGUGAUAUUUAAAAAAUGCACUCCUUUGAUUUUGUGCCACGGGUUAAAUGAAAAGAUCAAUACUUCCCUAUCGGUACAUUAUUGUGAACACUGUAAAACCACAAUUUGUCAUUUGUAUAGACUGUGGAUAUUGUACAUAUUAAACAAACAAAAUAUAACAUGUUGGUGAGCUAAACAAGAUUCAUCAGCUAUUUUGCUCUACUCUACAUUUAAAAAGGGACAAAUAAAGCAUUAUAAUGGAAACGGUGUAAUACUUCCAACACAGUCGCAUGGGUUUCAUGCAAAACUGUUCAGUUUGUGAAGAGGAAAAUAAAGGAGAACAAGAAAAUGGAAUUUGAAAUUGUUUUUAAAAAAACUUCAAAGCUUUAUUCUGCGUUUGAUUAAAGACAAUAAACAUGAUGCCGACAGUUGUGCAGAAACCUCGACUUUAAAGCCAAGCUUCCAGUUACAGCUCCCACUAUAACCUCCAUGACAUAUAAGACACGUGCUUGAGAGUCUUACGAAAAAUAUAUUUGAUGUAUAAAACAACA